AUGGGGCAGAAGUUGGGAGCGCUGUGGGAUAGAAUUCAAGGUAUGAGCCGCGUCUCAUAUUCCUUCAGGGAACUCUUGAGAACCGUGGCUCUUUGGGCGAUCUCUCUCUUCGUUUCUAUGCAUGCGCCUCCUGGAUCUGUGGAUAGAUAUUUCGGAGAGAUGGGGAUGUGAUUUCUGGAAAACCGUGGCUCUUUGAGCGAUCUUCUCUUCUUUUCGAUCCACGAGCCUCUUGAAUCUGUGGGUGGAUAUUUUCAGAGAGAUGAUGAUGUGAUUUUCCCAUUUUCUUGCGCGUGUAUCAGGGAAGCGACAGGUUCUGGCAGUAUGCGACAAGGUCUUCGAUCGAUGCGCGCGCGACGAUUUCUUGGGGUUAACUGAACUUCACCUGGCCACCUUGUUGGUCUUCGAGUAUGCGAAUCUUCUGUCAUAUGUUGUAUUUUUGGCUUGGUCGAAAUACGAUCAUAUCGUCCGAUCAUCGCGAUGCUCAUCUUUGCUCUCUAUUUUUCUUAUUUAUUAUUGCCGGAUGCUCGUACACGGUGUAGGCAGUAAAUGCGAAUCUUCUCCCAAAAAAUUUCUACACAAAAUAUUCUAACCAUUAAAAUCAUUCCAAAUUUCAUCGCAGCUGCAUCAACAAGAACUUCCCAAAGCCACACAAGAGUCCGCCCAGCCAAGAAGAAAUCGACGACGUGGCUAUGGUAUGCCUCCCUCCCGCUCUAGAGCUCUUAGUUCCUCUGAAUUUAAGCACAAACUAGAACUGUUUAUGCCACCAAUCAUUUUCUAGUUUCCUGUUCAAAUUAAAGUAAAUUGGUUUAUGAUUCCCUCUCGGAAUGCGGCUACUCUCCGAGCUCAUUAAUGCAUCUCGGAGAAGGCAGGUGAGCAAAUAAUGCAGAAAAAUAAAUGCCGACUCUGAUCAAGCUACUCAUUCAAUCGGUUCCAUGUCGUUCACGAUCAAGUUACUCAUUCAAUCGAUUCCUACCCAGUUCUUGAUUGGUGUAGAGAGCUAGCUAUCCAGUGCAGAUGUUGUGAACGUUAUAGCUGGCAUAACUCCAACAGCAUUACCAACCACUUCCCAUAAAAAAAAACUUAGUUGCCAUAGUCUUCUUACAGUAAGUUCCUCAGGAUUUUAUCUGCUGCUCUACUUCUCCAAACGCUAAGACUCCAUGAAUCUACCCCGGGAACUCUCCAAGCUGAAGGCAUCAACACCAUUCCACCAACUAAACGGAAAGAAGAACGAAAACCGGAGCGCCUGGCCAUUCAUGUUCUCAAUCGACUGGCUUUGAUCUGUCAGCAACCAUACAUAUACCCUCUGCCCAUUUCCACGAUGGUCACUGAGACCGUUCGUCUGCAGUAUAUCUUCUUCCAUUCUGCCUUAUACCCAUUUUGCUAUCACUUCCAUCUUCCUACGAACUUCUUGUGACCGAUCUGGAUCAACCGAUAGGGAGGACAUCCUCAAAUCCUGACAGAUCUCUUGGAUUUCACGAUGACUGCAGGAGCUCCGGCUCAAGGCGCAGGGGAAGAACGCGAUAGACCGCGCUGAAUUCGCUGCCCUAAUCUUGAGGUGGGUUCAGAGAGACCUCACCGUCUACCUCCGGAACAAGGUUCUUCACGUACUCACGGCGGCGGGAGCGAUGGCGGCGCUGACCAGAAACGCCGCCACGUCGGUCCCCAGGAUCAAGCGCGUGGUCGACACGGUCCCGACGCCCUUGCUCGCCUCAGCUUUCGCCAUCUGCUUCGCGUUGAUCGAAGAUGUUCGGGUUGAGUAG